AUGCUGCAGCUGGUGACCGAGCUCCCUGGGCUUUUUCGCAGAGGGGCGGACGUGGACGCGGACGCAUCGGAGGGGACGGCUCGCGGCUGCCGGCGGCUCUUCGAGGAUCCCUUCGACGAAUGCGAGUACCGGCUGCGGAGGCUGGAAGACUUCGUGGCGGAGCUCAGCCGGAAGGGCUGGGAUUUUCCGGAGACACCCGACAUCCCCACGAAGACGAAGCGGCAUGACGCCGCGGAAUCUGCCUUCUUGCAGGCAGUGCCGGACAAGGGCCUGGAGAUGCACCAGGUCUGGAAGACGGCCUGGGAGUUCUGCCACAGCGACUUCAAGGAGUGCGAGGACGAAGGACUGGUCCGGCACAUGGCCCUCCAAGCGGUCUGUCGCCGUUUUGCUGUUGUCGAAGGCUGGCUGCGGGAACGCCUGGCGAACUUGAAGCCACAGCGCAAGGACUUGGUGGUCUUCUUGCCUGUGCUGCGGGCAGAACUGGAGAAGUUGAAAGCGGUGCUGGCAGCGGUCACCGCAGGCUCCUCGGGAGCAGAGGCGCUCACCGCCAAGGCACUUGCGGCGCGCGACAGGGCAGAAGCCCGCUACGCUGCGGCCGCGGCGAGAGUGACUUCCCUGGCGCAGAGGGGCCCCAACCCACAGAUCCCGCAGCCGCCGCACCGCCCAUCGCCGUCACCAUCCCCUGGCCCAAGCUCGCCGUCGCCGCAGAUCUCACCAUUACCUCCCAUCCAGCCACCGUCUUCGGCCGUAGAAGGCAUUCAGAGGUGGGUGGAAAGCGUUCGGCAAACGGGAUCCGUGGCAGCGAGUAGUAGUGACAGCGAUUGGCGUCGUCAGCUCGACUUCUUGAGGGCAGGUCUAACAGGGACCAAGGCAGUGUGCCUGAGCCCGGAGAAAGGUUCCAGGCUGCCCAGCCUGAGCCGCAGAGCGAGUGUGAACUUGGAGGACUGCCCCAUUUGUUUGGAGCCGCUGCGGCCACCGAAGCAGAUGCACGUGCCUCUAAUCCCUCUUCCAUGUGGGCAUUCCUUUCAUGCCGCCUGUGCGUCCCAGUGGCUUCAGAAAUGUCCGCGAUGUCCAAUGUGCAGGCACUCCCCAUUCAUGCCCAUUCAGAGUGUUCUGGCCGUAGACCUUUCCCUUGUCAGGUCUUUGUCCUUGUUCGCUCCCAUGACAAACGGGUUUCUGGAGACGAGACUGUGGAGUUCAUGGAGGUGUUUGCGGCAUUUGUGGCUGGGUCCGCACAAGCUGAUGCAGAAAGGAGUUUCUGCAGAGUGCCUGAGCCCCAGCAUAGGCCAGGCCAGGCCAGGCCAAGGUCUUCUUGGACUUGGUGAUGUGAUAUUAUAUAGUAUAAUAUACUAUAAUAUACUAUAA